AAAUAAGUAGCCGCGAAUUACAAAUCAACAAACCUGCUGCCAAAACAAUCCAGAGCCCUGAUGGUGAUAUUAUAGAUUGUGUUAUGUUUCAUAAACAACCAGCUUUUGAUCAUCCUCUCUUGAAAGGACAUAAAUUAUUGAAUCCUCCAAAAAUUCCAAGAAAGCACAACCAAACGAGAAUUUUGAACAACAAAUUUCAAUUGUGGAGUUUAUCUGGUGAGACAUGCUCUGAAGGAACAAUUUCAAUUAGAAGAACAAAAGAAAAAGAAAUAUUAAGAGCUACGUCUAUUAGAAAAUUGGGAAGAACAUUCAAUAUUAUACAAAAGGAUAGCAUUAACAAUGGACACGAGUAUGCAAUUGGGGCCGUGACUGGGGAUGCGUUCUAUGGAGCAAAGGCUACCAUUAAUGUGUGGGCCCCACAUGUAGAAACUAACCCACCAGAAUUUAGCUUGGCUCAAAUAUGGAUCGUCGCUGGUACAUUUGGAACAGACCUCAAUUCCAUUGAAGUUGGUUGGCAGGCAUGUUAACUACUCUCAUUCUUAUACUUUUCACAUUUUUUA